AUGAAGACCCAUCUCUACCUUCUUUUGCUGGCUGCGGGCAUCUCUGCCGCUCCCCACACGAGCAGCAUGGCUGAGCUACUGAAAUUAUUAGAGCAAAUGUGUGAGUCAGUGACGAAGGACCUGCAGGUAAGUAAUCUGAGGAUUGAAACUCCGGACAACAUAGAUGAUGUGAAUUGUGUCAGCACGAUCUUUGAAGGAACAGAACAGCUGAAAACUAACCCCGCUACAAAAAAAUUCAGUGUUUUUUUCCAAAAAUUUGAGAGACUGAAGCAAUCUCUUACACCAAACCUGGCAACAGAGGGGAAAUGUGAUACAGAAAGAAGGAAUGCAAGAAUAUUCAUACAGAAGCUGAUGACAUUCAUCCGAAAAGCAUCAAAAAACGCAAGAGCGUAG